UUUAGCCGUUGCGCAGCCAUUACCAAGUCUGCAUUUUUACUGAAAGGCGGUCAGGCCCAUCCUUAGAGCAUAUAGUGAAUGAAGGGAACAUCGCCGGUCGAAAAGUGUUCAGACAGAGAAAACCGAGACAACGACCGAGAUUACCAACAUCCAAAUCUGAUCCCUCUAAUCACUGGAUUCACCGAUAUACGGCCAUAUUCCAAUUUAUUGCCAUACAAAUUUUUAGAAAACUUCUGCUGUUUGCGGUGAAUGAAGUGUGGAUUGAAGAUCGAGCAAGCUAACAGGAGAUCGACAGAAGAGUUGAAAAAUAUCAUAGUUUAAACCCGUGACAGUGUGUUUUGCAAACUAGCUUUACGUGGAAUCAUACUUUCUACUUGAUAGAAUUGUGUCACGAUAUGGCAUCAUCUAAUACAUCAAAUGAGCAUAAUAAGGUUGCUGAAGAAAAUAAUAUUCUUGCAAAUAAUGAAAAAUCAGAUUUGGAAUCUCGAUUUGAGUGUCCUAUUUGCCUAACUUGGCUAAGAGAUCCAGUACUCACAUCUUGUGGCCACAAGUUUUGUUCGCAGUGUAUCAAUAUGUGGCUACGCAAAGAAGGAGCGUGUUGUCCCGUGGACAGUCGACCGUUACAGCCAGAAAGUGAUUUGUUCCCAGAUCUAUUCACAAGACGAGAAAUAUCUCAGCAGCGUGCAAACUGCCCUUAUCAACAAUUUGGCUGUACCAUCGAACUGUCUCCAAUUGAUAUAGACAGUCAUGUGAAUAACUGUGAAUUCAAGAGGACAAUUUCCCCACAUGUUCAAUGCCCUUUCAAAGCCGUUGGAUGUUCUGAGGUUAUCGCCACAGAGAAUGCAUUGAAAUUGCACUUGGAAAAUUCCACAAGCACACAUUUGAUUCUGCUCGCAAAUACCAUUCCAACAUUUACUUGUGAACAACAAACAGAAUCUAGUGCCAGGGCUGUGGAGUCUAAAUGGUGGGAUCCUCCGCCGAAGAAAAGUUCCGUUUUUACCCCGGAUGGACCACAUCCAGAUUGGCAAGAAUUGGUCAAAACGCUCUAUGAAAGGAUAGUAGUCUUGGAGCAACUGAAUCGUGAGCUCACAAUAAGUAUCGCUAAUCAACAGAAUCAGUUAUCAACUUUCCAUACUUCUACACGGUAUAACGAUGAAGAAAUGAUCUUACGUUACUGUAAUGGCCUCUAUAUUUGGAAAUGCAGCUCAUUCCGGGAUAAGCUUACGGCUAUGACCAAUGAUUCACUGAAGAUGUUCUACAGUCCUGGCUUUUACACAUCUCCGAACGGUUACAGACUAUGCGCAAGAAUAAACAUAUCCUCAAAAGAUUUCCGUUACUUGUCACUCUUAAUACAUGUGAUGCAUUCAGAGAAUGACGAUGCUUUAGACUGGCCAUUUAAUGGAUCAAUCAGUUUUGUCUUGGUUCAUCCAGCAAAUUCUGAGAAUAAUAUCAGAGAAACUACUGUCUCUAAACCAGAGUUGGAAGCAUUUCGGAAACCAACAUGCGAGUUGAACAAGAGAAGCUUUGGAUAUACAGAAUUCGUUAUGAUCAAAGAUCUGGUCGAAUUUACGAAAGACGACACCCUUAUUCUGAGAAUAGAAGUAAAGCCGGCGUAGUUUUUUGAAUAGUAUAGGAAUUUCAGAUUCUUAUUCUAUUUGGGCUGGUAAAAAAGAUUACUUGAAACUAUUCUGAAUCUUUGAAAUCACAUUGUAAUGAAGGUUUUCAAAGUUCUAUUAUGAAAAUUUAAGCCUUGCUUGAAGUAAUCCAAGCAAUAAAUUUAUUUUCCCAAAAUAUCCAAUUGUGUCGGAUCACCAUUGUACUUAGAAUUAGGUAUAAAUAUUUUCCACAACAGCAACAAAUUAGUGUGAUAUUAAAAUUAAUUAUACGUUUAUAUUAUAUGUAUAGCUUUCUUGUUAUUUUAUUACAUGAACGUAUUGCAAAUGAUUUGUUAGAAUAAAUAAUUUAUCGAAAUUUGUCAGUAAUAGUCCUUACGUCUAAUAAAUACUAUCCAAUUGUUGACA